AUAUCAUAUAUCAGACCACCAAGCCACAGCGAAGAUAUACAUAUAAUUCUAUUUCAGUUAAACACAAUCCAUCGCAUAGGAUGGUGUCCGACAAUCCGAAACAAGCAGUUGAUGUGGCAGUCCUCGUAAGCCCAGGCAUAGGCCACACCAUCCCGCUCUUUGAGUUCUCGAAACGGCUCUCUGUCGAUCAUGGCCUCGAGGUGUGCUUCCUUGUCAUCACCACCAAUGAGCCAUCCCCAGCCCAGGAUAGCCUCCUCCGACCCGAGGCCGGGGCGGUCAUUCCCCCAAACCUCCAUGUAGUUGACCUCCCGCCGACUGACCUGUCCACCAUACCGGAGGACACCACACUUGGAGACCGGAUAUCGCUCCUCGUCAAGAGGAGCCUUGAGUCCGUGCGGGUAGUCUUGUUGGAGCCAACAAGCCGGCCCAAGGCGCUUGUGAUCGAUAUUUUCUGCUCGGAGGCUUUGGAGUUCGGGCAGGAGCUGUCCAUCCCAGUAUACACUUUUUUCACAACAUGCGCGGCCCUGCUCACGUUCUCGCUGUACCUUCCAACGUUGGACCAUGAGGUAGAGGGAGAGUUCACGGAUAUGCCAGGACCCAUCCGUGUCCCGGGCUGCAGGUCUUAUCGUCCCGAAGAUUUGCUAGACCCGGUCAAAAACAGGAAAAUCGAAGAGUAUAGAUGGAUAUUGCUGCAUUUCAGUAGGCUGCCUAGGGCGGCCGGGAUUCUAUUAAACACAUGGGAAGAUCUUGAGCCGGUUUCCCUCGCUGCACUCAAGGAGAACCCGUUCUUUCUGCAGAUACCGGCGCCCCCGGUUUACACGAUCGGACCGGUCAUCAAACAAGCAGAGGGAUCCGAGAUGUUGACGCCCUCAAAUGCUGAAUCCCUCACCUGGCUUGACCGGCGGCCGCCCGAGUCCGUGCUGUUUAUAACCUUCGGCAGCGGGGGGACUUUAACGAUCGAACAGCUCACGGAGCUGGGAUGGGGCUUAGAGUUGAGCCAGCAGCGGUUCGUGUGGGUCGUUCGGGCCCCAACCGAUGUUAGCGGCUCGGGCACAUUUUUCAAAGCAGGGAGUACUAAGAGCGGUCCUGAGGAGUACCUGCCGGAAGGUUUCUUGGAGAGGACUCGGGGCUUGGGGGUGGUGGUGCAGUCAUGGGCGCCUCAGAUGGCCAUCCUCGGUCAUAGCUCAACAGGCGCAUUUAUAUCGCACUGCGGCUGGAACUCUACCUUGGAGAGUCUCUCAUGUGGCGUGCCAUUGAUAGCAUGGCCUCUGUACGCCGAGCAGAGGAUGAAUGCAGCGAUGCUGGCAGAGGACAUCGGGGUGGCAAUCAGACCAGUCACGAUGGACCAGGGGACCGGGCUGGUGGGUAGGGACGAGGUGGAGAGGGUGGUGAGGAUGGUGAUGGAGGGGGAAGAAGGCAAGGCGUUGAGGCGGAGGGCGAGAGACCUCAAGGACAGCGCCGAGAAAGCGCUGAGCUGUGGCGGGACGUCCUGGGAGACAUUAGCUACGGUGUGCCGAGAGUGGAAAAGCAAAGAUAUAUAUGCUGCCCCAAAUAACAAGUGCAGCUGCGCUGCUGCUGGACGGACUUAAUUAUCUGUAGCGCACGAAUUUAAAACACACACUGAAAGUGCUUCAACAUUCGAAUAAGUAACAUUCGAACGGGAUUAGUCUGGAUCAAUAGGAUGAUAAUGUCUCUUACUUUACUAAAAUGAAUGUUAUCCAAUAAAAGUUAGCAAUAUAUUGAAUGGAAUAAUUAACCGGGUUUUGAAUUGCU